GAAAGAGCACCGCACUAUCCCCCCAUAACACCCUAAACAAUUCAGAAUAAGUUUAAAGGGGUCGAGUUAUUUUUGUAGCUCUGUGCGCCGCACGACGGAGGUGAUGCUCCGGCAGCAGAUAGAGUGCUGGGUGGAGAGGAAUAAGGAAAUAUUCUCCGGCAGUCUCUUUACCCCGCAGCCCGUCCGCCCACGCUUCGCUGGCUGAAGGAUGGGGAAACGUGACUACGGAGCUCCGGUCUGGGUGUGCUGGUGGAAAGGAGCCUUCAUGGGGACCAGAUUUGGGCAGUGUAGAACUGCUUCGGCCAGGUGGACCUGUCCUCAAACAGAACCUGCAUAUAGUGCUGGCACAAAGUCAACUAGACAUAUCUAAACCAAGGGAAAGUUUGAAGGUUUACAGCAUUGCAACCAGAGGCGAGGGCAUGGUAUGCUCAUAGCCACUUUUGAAAAUGCCCAAGAAGGAUUCAAAGAAGGACGCAAAGAAGGAAAAGAAAGAGGAGGAAAAGAAAGCGAAGGAAGACAAGAAGGGAGGAAAAGAUGAAAAGAAACCCAGCAAGGAUGAUAAGAAAGGCGGAAAGGAUGAUAAGAAGGCUGGGAAAGAUGAUAAGAAAGGGGGUAAGAAGGGAAAGGAAGAGCCACCCAAGGGGAAAGAUGAUGGAAAGAAAGGAAAAGGGAAAGGUAAGAAAGUGGAGUCCGAGGAGGAAGAGGAGGAGCUCCUGAGUGAGGAGGAUGAAGAGUUCAGUGAAGAUGAGGAAGAGGAAGACUCAGAAGAUGACAGGAGAGGAAAGGGGCGAGGAGGCAAGGGGGCUAAGGGAAAGAAAGGGGGGAAGUCCAGACAUGGCGACUCAGAAGAGGAUUAUGAGGAGGAUGAAGAAGAGGAGGAUGAAUACGACGAAGAGAACUAUGGCAAAUCGAAAAAGAAAUCUAAAGACCACCACAAAGGAGGGAAAUCUGAUGCCGAUGCCAAAAUGAAGAAAGGCAAAAAGAAAGAGGAAACCCCGCCGAUUCCGAUUAAGGAACUCCCAAAAAAAGGUCUAAAAAACAUGUCAAGGAUGUUCAUGAAGUUUUACGGCAUUAAGAGACGCAGGAACAGCAGGAAGAAGCUGAAAAGCACAUCACGUUUGUUCCUUGGGUUGGGUAAGAGAAAGAAACGCAUGGCUAAGAAGAAACGCCGCAAGUCCAUGCUGAAGAACACCUCUCGAUUCAUGAUGAGGUUUAAAGCCAGCAAAAAUAGGAAAAAGGAGAAGGAGAAAAAAACGAUGGAAAACGAUGGGAACAAGCCCACCUAUAUGCUGCUGCGUCUGGGAGGAGGGAAAGAAAAUGAUAAGAAGGGCUUCUUCAAAAACUUAUUUAGAAAAAAUAAAGGUGACGGGCCCUCUGACGACUUUAAGAAUGGCAGCGGGUUGCUUGGUAAGGUUGCAGCAGCAACUAACUGGUUGACCAAACGCUUCCUGUCCACUAAAAUGCAGGACGAUGCCGGACAACAUGGCCAUGGGGGACGUAGAACACAUACCAGACAAGCUAGCUCCAGAGGUCGUCUUCAUGGUAACCACAAUGGUGGUUAUGAGUACGAGGAGGAUGCUUAUGGAUACGACCAGCACCAUUCAGUCCGCCAGAAGUAUGGAGGCUAUGAUGAAGGUUAUGCUGGUUAUGGAGAUGAGGCAGCAUAUGGAGACCAGGGUCAGUUUGGUUACUCUGACAAUGGAGCAGGAGUAGCAAACCACCAAGACCUGGGUUACUAUGAGGAAGAAGGAUUCUAUGAUGCAAACGCAGAGUUUUUUGAAGAUGAUAUUUACGAUGAUGGCACUGGGCAGUACUAUAACCAUUAUCCCUCGGCCCAGGGCUAUUAUAACAACCAGCAACAACAGGCAAUGGCAAUGUAUGGUGACGAGGGUCUAGACUACUAUGCUCUGAUGGGGGAAGACAAUGUUUAUGUUGGAGAGGUAGAUGGAUACAUCGACCCUGAGGCUCAGGGGUAUUAUGAUGAAAAUGGUCAAGUAGUUUACUAUGGUGAGGGACAACAGGGUUACUAUGACAAUGGACAAACAGGUUAUUUUAUGGACCCUUAUGCAGGAACUAUGGAAAUGCAAGGAGGAUUACCACCAGACUAUCAACUUAGUUAUAGUGAUGUUGGCGUGCCCUACCAAGACUACAGCUCCCAGCAGGCCUUUGGAGUCCCACCAGGAGGCCAGCAGGUCUUUGGGUAUGAAGGGCAAGGAAUAGAUCAGGUACAAGGCAUGUAUGGGGACCAGUAUGCAGACCAGUUUGAUCAGUUUGGGGAUGACACUGGUGGAGUUCAGGGAGGGGAGCUGACAUUUAGAGUUCCCAGACCUCAAGUGCGCCUUUUUGGGAAAGAGCGUCUAGAUGUGCCUCUGCACCCUCCACCUACUUUGCCUCCUGAUCCAGAAUUUGAAGACAUGUCAGAUAUCCAGUAUGAAGACCAGAUCCCUCUUUCACAAGGUCAAUACGGUGAAAUGUCAAUACAGCAACAAAUGGGAAUGUCACCACAGCAACAAAUGAUGAUGUUUCCUCAUGAACAAAUGAUGAUGCCCCAGCAGAUGUCACCACAGCAACAGAUGAUGUCACCACAGCAACAGAUGAUGUUACAAGAAGAACAGAUGAUGCCCCAGCAAAUGAUGUCCCAACAACAGCAAAUGAUGUCCCAACAACAGCAAAUGAUGCCACAGCAAAUGAUGUCACCACAGCAGCAAAUGAUGUUACAACAAGAACAGAUGAUGUUACAAGAAGAACAGAUGAUGCCACAGCAAAUGAUGUCACCACAACAGCAAAUUAUGUUACAACAGCAACAGAUGAUGUUACAAGAAGAACAGAUGGCGCCACCGCAAAUGAUGUCACCACAGCAGCAGAUGAUGUUACAACGUGAACAGAUGAUGCCACCGCAAAUGAGGUCACCACAGCAGCAAAUGAUGUUACAACAUGAACAGAUGAUGCCCCAGCAAAUGAUUUCACCACAGCAGAUGAUGACUGACCCAAUGAUGAUGUCACAACAGGGUUAUGGUUCCGUGAUCCCUACUCCAACUGCCAUGAUUAUUAAACAAGCAGGUUUGUCCCCCCAUUCUGUACGGCGCCUGCAACCGCCCUCUCCGACUCCCUCCCGCCGCUCUGUCAUCAUGCCAUCCCCCAAGAUGCAGCGUCAUCCCUCUGCCAUGGCUUCCCCAGUACCUUCUCCUAUGCUUCCACAGAGACGCAGCCCCUCCCCACAACCAUCCAUGAGGAGUGGGUUCAUAAAUACCCAAAGAACCCCCUCUGUAAUGUCGAGACAAAUCUCACGUCCUUCCUCCCCUAUGGCCUCCCCCCUUGCCCAUCCUAGAAUGCAACCUCAGAGAUCACCAUCUCCUCUGGCUCGAGGACCCUCACCCCCUCACUCACCCCGUAUCUCCAUGAUCCGUAGAAGUCCUCCACCCUCCCCAAGAGCAUCAAUGAGACAGCGUUCUCCACCUUCCUCCCCCCGUGCUUCAAUGAGGAGGCGAAGUCCACCAGCCUCACCCACUGCAGCCCGCAGCCCGCUUGGAGGGAGAAUGUUGCGAGGUCCACCCUCCCCUAUCCCUCCUUCUGGUCAUGCAUCUCCCCCUCACUCUCCACAACGCAGUAGAAGACCAUCUCCUUCCCCCUCCCUAUCUCGUCGCAGUUUGUCUCCUGCAGGGCCUCGGCCGGCCCAAUUAUCUCCUACCCUCUCCCGUCGCUCAACACGGGUGCUCAGGGACCCCACACCACUGACCCGGCCUAGGAUGCGGGGAAAUGUUCCCUUAGGCACCGUCAGGCCCUCGCCCAUGGGUCUCCGAGGGCGCCCUGUACCCCCACCCACCCAGAAUGUGCGUCCAUUCCGCCCCUCCUCGAUACGAAGCAAUAGAUCAUCUGUUCUUACAGUGGACUCCCACCUCUCUUCCCCUUUUCACUCUCCUCACAUGGUCCACCGUGCUCCCUUGGGGAGGCGAGAAUCUGGUCGAUUUCCUGCUCGCCCUGUGGCUCGAGGACAUCCUCUCAUGGCCCAGCAGUCUAUAAGAAGGAUGCAUCCAGCCUCUCCACAGCCCUCCCUUAAACAAAUGCCACAACGUACAUCCCAGCGCUUGUCUCCUAGACUUUCUCGUCAGUCCUCCCCCCUUCUGCCCUCACAAUCCCCCCAUCAUCCCUCUUACGCACAAGAAACGUAUGUUAGAGACCCCUAUGCUGAUCCUUACACUGAGCAGUCACAUCAUUUUGCAGCCCCCACUUCUCCUAUGUUAUCGGGUGCUUUGCAGAAUCAGUCUAUUCAACAGGCAUCUUUUGCUUCUCCCUUUGGCCCAGGGCCAGCCCAAAUGGUAGACAUGGGUGAGAUGGUUACUGAAUAUGCAGAACCUUAUGCUCCUUCAUCCCCUUCACUUUCAGGUGCAAUGCGAAACCAGGUAAUUCGGGAUGCAUCCUAUGUUCCCUCACUGCAGAGACCAAUGUCACCUUAUGAGCAGCCAAUGACCCCUCAAUCUCCGGUGCUGUCUCGGGCUCUGAGGAAUCAAGCUUUACAGAAUGCAUCUUAUGCUUCUCCUUUACAAAUGCCAAUGUCUACUUAUGAACAGCCUUUGCCCCCUUCUUCCCCAAUGCUGUCUGGAGCUUUGCAAAACCAGGCAGUGAGAGAAGCCUCUUAUAGGUCUCCUCUUCAAAGGCCUCAGUCCCCAUAUGCCCAAUCUGUGCCUUCAUCUCCAAUGCUCUCUGGAGCUAUGAGACAUGGCCAGGCCCUAAGAGGUGUGGCUUCUUAUCAGACUCCACAGCUCCAUUCACCAUAUGGACCAACUGUCGUGACUCCAUAUGAUUAUAUUUCAGAGCCUGGCCCAUCACCACUUCUUCAUGAUGCCCUACAGAACCGGUCUAAUAUGCAGAAUGUCUCAUCUUUAAAAUCCCCUCUGAUGCAAAACCGUAACCCUUAUGCACCGGCUGGGCCUCAGCUCCAUAAUGCUCUUCAACAGAACCCAAACCUCCGCCAAGCAUCUUAUAGGACACCUCUGCAACUCAGCCGGUCCCCAUAUGGACCCCCACCACCUUCUUCACCAAUGCUAGGAAGUGCCCUGCGAAACUCACAAUUGAUGCAGGCCUCGUACCGUUUACCAGACGGAUCUUUGGUGUCACCAUAUCCAUCUUCCCCUUCCUCCCCAAUGCUUGGUAAUGCCUUGCAAAACCAACAACUCCGUGAAGCAUCGUACACCUUGCCUGAUGGAUCAGUUAUCAGCCGGUCCCCAUAUGGACCCCCACCACCUUCUUCACCAAUGUUAGGAAGUGCCCUGCGAAACUCACAAUUGAUGCAGGCCUCGUACCGUUUACCAGACGGAUCUUUGGUGUCACCAUAUCCAUCUUCCCCUUCCUCUCCAAUGCUUAGUAAUGCCUUGCAAAACCAACAACUCCGUGGAGCAUUGUACACCUUGCCUGAUGGAUCAGUUAUCAGGGACCCCCGCAUGCCCCAGAGGCCCAAGUCACCUAACCUUUCAAAAGCUCUUCAGAACCGAGAUGUGAUGUCUGCUUCAUAUACUCUCCCUGAUGGCACCCUUAUAGACCCGAGACAGCAACAACCUAUUUCCCCAAACCUGGCAAAGGCCCUUAGCAACCCAGCUCUGCGUGAAGCCUCCUAUUCUCUCCCUGAUGGUACUAUUGUGAUUGAUCCCAAGAAACAGAAGUCACCGAACCUUGCAGCUGCACUUCGAAACCCUUAUCUGAAAAGUGCAUCUUACACCCUGCCCGAUGGUACUAUCAUCAUUGAUCCACGGAAACCUCUUUCUCCAAACCUCUCAAGUGCCCUUCAAAACUCUGCCCUGCGGGACGCCUCCUUCACUCUACCAAAAGGAGUUCAGGACCCGAAUAUACCCGUUUCACCAAAUUUGGCUAAGGCCCUCAAUAACCCAGCCUUGAAAGGAGCUUCGUACACCCUCCCAGAUGGAACGAUUAUAGUGGACCCUAGAAAACCAAAGAGUCCCAACCUGAGAGCUGCUCUGCAGAAUCCCUAUCUUCAGGGUCUGUCGUACACACUGCCUGAUGGAACCAUCAUCAUUGACCCACGGAAGCCAGUUGGCCCUGACCUGUCUAAAGCUCUUACGAAUCAGAACCUUCGUAGUGCAUCAUACCGACUCCCUGAUGGUACCCUGGUUAUCCCCGGCCAGAAGCCCAACCUUUCAUCCGCUCUGAGGCAAAACCGGGCACUUCGGUCUACAGAUCUCUAUCAUCUAACAGAGGACUCUGUACUGUCAGGAGCACCAAAACCCACCCCUCCCAACCUUGCCUCUGCGCUCCGUAAUGAUGAACUCCGUGGUGGCAAUUUCAGAUUGUCGGAUCGCUCUGUUCUCACACGUCAGUUUCACAACCCCCGCCUGUCUGAAGCUAUCCAAAACCAGCAGCUUCGCUAUGCCUCAUACAGGGUGCCAACAGGCCUGCAGGGUGAGGAUAAUCGCUAUGCCGUGGUUCCUCCCUACGGGCCACGCUCAGGACACUGGGCCAGGGAUGCACGAGGAGGAGGGGAAGGCGGGGAAGAUGUUUGGGCAGCUGAGAGGGUGUUACCACAUGGUACGGUCCAGAAUCUGUCAAAGUGGUCCAUGUACAGAGAAGACGGUGUGUUAGAAGCAUAUUCACCAACACCUCGAUUUGUGGACGGACAGCCUCAUGAACAAGACUGGACUCCUGACAGAAAUAGAGUACCUGGUCAAAGCUGGUAUGACAAGAUCUACUCUAUCCUAAGCAUGCCCACAACAGGCCACAGGGUGAAACGCUGGGCAGAGGGGAUGGAAGACAUGACACAGCUGCCUGAGCUGAAUGAGACCACAGUUUUAAUGAACCUCAAGAAGCGCUACGACCAGGAGCUUGUAUAUACCUACAUAGGCAGCAUCCUUGUGUCAGUGAAUCCCUACAAGUUGCUCAACAUUUACGGCACAGACAUGGUGCUUCAGUAUGAGGGCCGUGGCCUGAGUGACAAUCCUCCUCAUCUUUUUGCCAUUGCUAAUCUCGCAUAUACCACCAUGAUGGAUGCCAAAAAGGACCAGUGUAUUAUGAUCAGCGGAGAAAGCGGGUCAGGAAAGACGGAAGCUACUAAACUAAUCCUGCGGUACUUGACAGCCAUACAUCACAAAGGCAACAUUACACAACAGAUAGAGAUCCUGGAGGCCACGCCCCUGUUGGAGUCUUUCGGUAAUGCCAAAACAGUGCGCAAUGACAACUCUUCACGCUUUGGCAAAUAUACGCAGAUCUACAUGGAGGAGGGUGUAAUCAGCGGUGCCAUAACGUCUCAGUACCUGUUGGAGAAGUCCCGCAUUGUCUUUCAGGCCAAAUCGGAGAGGAACUAUCACAUCUUCUAUGAGAUGUUGGCAGGUCUUCCUCCUCAUGAGAAGAGCUCACUGUAUCUGCAGGAAGCUGAGACUUACUACUAUCUAAAUCAGGGAGGGGAUUGUACCAUAGAGGGGAAAGAUGAUGGGGAGGACUUCAGACGUCUGCUGAGUGCCAUGGACAUCCUGUGUUUCACCCCAGAGGAGCUGAACGGCAUCUACAGACUGCUGUCCUCUGUCCUUCAUCUGGGGAACGUCUACUUCCAGCCACACCAGGCUGAGGGUCAGGAGGUGGCGUCGAUGGUGAGUGCGCAGGAGAUCAGGGUGGUGGCUGAGCUGCUGCAGGUCUCACCUGAAGGCCUGCAGAAGUCUGUCACCUUCAAACUGACAGAUACAGUAAGGGAGAAGAUCUUCACUCCUCUCACAGUGGAGAGUGCUGUGGAUGCCAGAGAUGCUGUUGCCAAGAUCCUGUACACGCUGCUGUUUAGUUGGCUGACAGAGCGCAUCAACGGACGGGUCUACCCUCGCAACGAAGCGCUCUCCAUCUCCAUAUUGGACAUAUAUGGAUUUGAGGAGCUACAGGUGAACAGUUUUGAGCAGCUGUGCAUCAACUACGCCAAUGAAACCUUGCAGUUCUUCUUUAACAAGGUCAUCUUCCAGGAGGAGCAGGAGGAGUACAUGCGGGAGCAGAUCCCGUGGCAGCAGCAGCCCUUCAGCCACAACCAGGCCUGUCUCGACCUCAUCGCUGCAAAGCCUCAUGGGAUACUGCGCAUACUGGACGACCAGUGUGGGUUCCCUCAGGCAACAGACCACACCUUCCUUCAGAAGUGCCACUAUCACCAUGGAAACGACCCGCUAUAUGCCAGGCCAAAGAUGCCACUGCCAGAGUUCACCUUGAAACACUACGCUGGGAAAGUCUCUUACCAGGUGCACAAAUUCUUGGAUAAGAACUUCGACACAGUCCGCCAGGAUGUUUUCGACCUCUUCAUUCAGAGCAAGAACAGAAUGGUAUCCAGUCUCUUCUUAAAGCACUCAGAGUUUGAGUCUCAACAGCGGUCGCAGCGGCGCAGCAGCACGGCUCGGCGUUUUCAGGCCAACACGGUCAGCGCGAAGUUUCAGAGCAGCCUGCAGGAGCUGCUGGAGAAGAUGGAGAGGUGUAACCCUUAUUUUGUGCGAUGCAUCAAGUCAAACCAUCGUAAGGAGCCAGCCGUGUUCGACAUGCAGCUGGUCAACACUCAGCUUCAUUACUCUGGUAUCAUGGAGACCAUCCAGAUCAGGAAGGAGGGUUAUCCAAUCAGACUGCACUUUCACAGCUUUCUCACAAGGUAUAAAGCGCUGCUUUGCCUGAAGGACACUCCACCUGCAGACGGAGAAAACUGUGUCAUCAUGCUCCACAAGCUCGGCCCGGUCAAAAAUGGCUCGUAUCAGCUGGGAGUCAGUAAGAUUUUCCUGAAAGAGGAGCUGUAUCAGCUGUUGGAGGGGAAGCGGGACCGUGUGCUGCACAUCGCUGCGAUGACGCUGCAGAGAUACACCCGCGCAUGCUUUGUCCGAAAGAACUUUGCCAAGUUACGGCGCCGCAUGUUUCUGUUUGGAGCUCGCUGCAAAGGAUACCUGGCCAGGAAAAAGCUUGCUCUGAGGAUAAAGUACCUCAUCAGGCUCCGCUCUAUCGUGCUGCUCAUUGUCAACCGCCAGCGUUACACGAGGACAGUGCUGGAGCCUGCAAGGAAAGCAGAGGAGGAUCGCAUCAACAGAGAAGUGGUGAAUGUCACAACGCUGCCUAUUCCUGCUGAGCUGGCACUUCUGCUACAGGCGGCCUCAGGUGGUGAAGAGCUGCAUUCUGACUGCUUGGCGGUGGUGCAGGCUCCAAAAGUUCAGGUUGACCCCCAGCUGACACUUCCUCUGGACAUCAACAACUACCUCAUGACACACUACAUCCGGGCCAUAUUUAGGGAGCCGUUGUUUGGGAUGCUGACAGCCCCGCUGGAGAGUUCACUGAUUCGAACGGAUGAGGAGUUAAGACAAGGAGCUCUGAACCUUUUCAUUCUGAUACUGAGAUUUAUGGGUGACCCAAACUUGAAUGGAGCUCAGGAGAAUCUAUUUGGGAACUACAUCAUCCAGAGAGGACUCGCCAAUCCCAGCCUGCGAGAUGAGAUCCUGGCUCAGAUAGCCAAUCAGGUGUGGAGGAACCCCAACAUUUUGAAUUCAGAGCGUGGUUGGCUCCUCCUGUCCUCCUGCCUCUCCGUCUUCCUGCCUUCUCAACGGCUGACCAAGUACUUGCUGAAGUUUGUGUCUGAUUACGGGCCGGAGGGCUACGACUGUGUGUGUCAGCACCGUCUGCUUCAAGCUCUGCAGCGGUUAAAUGUCGGGCCGGAGUAUGUCCGCACGUAUCCACCCUGCCUUCUGGAGUGGACCGCCAAUCGCAAGAGAGCGCACACUGUUCUGCACAUACACUGCUUCGAUGGUGUGUCCUUCCUGUGUCCUCUACACUCCUGGACAACAGGGGAGGAAAUGGCUAAAGACAUCCUAAAACACAGGGGUGUGACGGAGGGCCGUCGGGGCUGGUCGGUGGUGCUGAAGGAGCCGGCGCAGUGGGUGGAGCUGGAGGGCUCAGACUACGUUCUGGACUUGAUGUCGGACCUGGAGCUUCCUCCUGACUUCCCCAAACACAGCAGCUACUUCAUCAUCUCCGCACAGGAGCCGACCCGAGUGCGGACCAAUGCCAGCAUAAGCCUGUUGGGUGGUGGCUUUGACAAGAAGGAUGUCAUACCUUCAGCCUUACCUGGCUAUGAUGGACAAGACUUUGAGCCUCAGAGAGGGAUGGAUCGUUAUCUGGACAGCCUGUUUGACCCUGUGCUGUCUGAGGGGACUGGAGAAGCAGAAUCAGCCGCAGGACUGUCCAGCAGGAUGAAGGGGGCUGGGGGGGUUGGAGGCGGGUGGCAGCAGCAAGGACAGUCAACCGGCCCCCCACCUCCACCUGGAGCUGUGAGAGUCCUUCCCGUGGGAGGCGUAAUGUCACCUCCCGUCGCUGCUGUGGCACCUGUAACACCUGAUGCCCAGCAGGCUGUUUUGUCCCGGCAGCAGCAGGCCAUCGUGAACCAGCAGGCCAUCAUCAUGGCCCAGCAGAUGACCAUGCAGGCCAUGGCCAUGACGAGUCCCCCUACUUCCCCAAUCACAAGCCCCCCCAUGAGCCCUAUACUCACUCACCCUCCCAGCCCGUAUGCACCUGCCAGCCCCUACGGCUCCAUACCCCCGAGUCCAUAUGCUAACAUCCCACCCAGCCCCUACGCUAACUUCACACCCACCCCCUACGGUGCAGCAGACAUCCAGCACAGGCAUCCCUACUCCCCCCCUUCUAGACAUGAACAAACUCCCUCACACCCUCCUGCGGACCCCAGGACGCGACCCGAAGCUCGGCCUCAGCCCCAGACAUACUCCUCCAAAACUGAGCCGACACAGCCCCAGGCUAACGCUUCUUCACGGGUCAGUAACUCUGAGGCAUGUGAGGUUCAGUCAGGAAAGGACAGUGGCUCUCGGAGGAAGGCUCCAGGCAUCCCCAUAAACAAGGACAAACCAGUCAGGAAGUUUGCCCCAGUUGUGACGACUCCCCUGCCCCCUGCUGGCGAGGUGGUGAAGUUCUCAGCAGGUCGCACCACAGAGCACAUCUUCCCCAGCCAAGAUGUGCAAGCAAUCAUCAAAAGAUACAACUCCCCACCUCCAUCAGAUGACAUGCUGCUACAAGAAAAGAGGAGAGGAGAGGGGAGGUUUAGGAAGAAGCAAACCCCUCGUGAUGAAGCUUUACAGAUCCUCAAACCUCAGAUGGAAAACCCACCAGCUCCACAGCCCAAACGUCCUGCUGCCCCCUCACCAUCUGCGUCUGCAAUUAAAGAAGCGGGAUUUAAACCCACCAAGAGCACGAAGACAAGAGCACCUCAACGUCUUCUCCCCCUUCCUCCUCCAGUUUCUCGAGAGCUUCCGGUAGAGAUUGAGACUAUCCAGACACAACUUCAUCAGAGCACCAAUGAGGAGCACUACACCUACACCAACGUUCCCUGGAGGCUGUACCUCAGGAAGGAGGUUUUUUAUCCGAAAGACAGCUUCAACAAUCCUCUGGUGCUGGAUCUCAUUUUCAAACAGAUCGUGAACGACACUCUGUCAGAGGCCUGUGUUCGCAUCACGCGGGAUGAAAGGCAGAAAAUGAAGGGCCUUUUCGCUAAACACGCGGUUGAACAGAAUAUGGAUCCUGUGGAGGAGCACGUGAAGAAAACUAUCGUCACGGCUGCCAGGGAAACCUGGGAAAUUUACUUCUCCCGUCUGUUCCCUGCGUCGGGCAGUGUGGGAACAGGUGUGCAGGUGUUGUCCGUGUCCCACAGCGGUAUAAAGCUGUUGAAGACCGUAAAAAGCAGCGCUGCAGCUCCAGACUACUUCAGAGUCUUACGACCAUACACCUAUGCAGACAUCCUGUUUGUAACCAUCCCCUCUGAGAACAUGCUGGAGUUUAAUCUGACCAACGAGAAACUGAUCCUGUUCUCAGCCAAGGCUCCGCAAGUCAAACAUCUCAUAGACACCUUCAUCAAUGAGAUCAAAAAGGACUCAGAUUAUGUGAUCGCAGAGCGAAACUUUGUGACAGACGACCGCUCGAUGCUCAGUUUUCACAAAGGUGACAUCAUCAGGCUGCAGGUUAUGGACGGGCUGGAGAAGGGUUACAACUAUGGCUGUGUGGUGAGGAAGAAGGUGGUGUUUUUGGAGGAGCUGAAAAGAGAAACUCAAGACUUUGGUUGGAAGUUUGGUGCUGUGUUCGGCCGCUCUGGAGCGUUCCCAGCCGAGUGUGUCCAUGCCGUCGCUCCUCCUGACUUCCUGUCGCUGCCGCUGGACCGCAAGUCCGAGCCUCGAGGAGGAGCAGGCCAGUUUAAUGUAUCAUCAGCAGUCGCAGUUGCCGUGGCAUCCACCAUGGCUGCACACGAGAUAGAUCAAACGAUUGAGAAGGUUUCCCUUGACGGCUUUGCUGAAGGAGAUCUGAAUGAGAGGACUCUUCAGGACACUAAAUAUGACAUGUUGGAGUUCGCCAAGAAGUACUUCAGACAGGGAAACAACAUGAAGGGAGAUUCCAUGAAGGGCAAAAGCAAGAACAGAGACUCCAGAGAGCCGACUGAAAUGAUCAAGUUCUCCAAGACUCCUCUGACCGAGUCUCUGAUAGAGUUUACGGACAUGGCCAUGAACAGGGUGGCAGCUGACCUCUUCCUGUCGGUGAUGCGUUUCAUGGGUGACGCUCCCUCAAGAGGAUCGACAGAACAGGAAGUGAUCACUACUUUCCUCAAGCUCAUAGGAGAGUUCACCUUGAUGCGGGAUGAGGCUUAUUGCCAACUCCUCAAACAGCUUACGGCUAACACCAGCUCCAAACCUGAUAGUUGCCAACGAGGCUGGAGGCUGCUGUACAUCCUGGCCGCCUUCCAUCGCUGCUCUGAGGUCCUCAAGCCCUUCCUGCUGAAGAACCUGCAUCAGGCGUCCCGCAGCGCAGGGGUGCAGUAUCAGGGCAUCGCUAAAGCAUGUGAGCAGAACCUGAAGAAGACGUUUCAGUACGGCGGCCGUGUCGUUCCUCCCAACAGCAUGGAGCUGAAGGCGGUGAUGGCCGGACGUAGUUCAAAACGUCAGCUGUUUCUAUUUCCUGGAGGCAUUGAACGUCACGUGAAAAUCAAAACGUGUUCUGUUGCUCUGGAGGUGAUUGAGGAGCUGUGUUAUGAGAUGGGUUUACACAAACUGGAGGCCAUGGAGGAAUAUGCCAUAUUUCUAGUCACCAACAGAGGUCAGAAUGUGCGUCCCCUGAACAAACACGAGUACAUCCUGGACGUUGCGACAGAGGCGGAGUUGGUGGACACGAGCUACAGCUUCUGGUUCAGACGAGUCGUCUGGACUCAGCCGCUCAAGUUUGAGAACGAGCUCUGCGUCGCCAUGCACUAUAACCAGAUCCUGCCAGAUUACCGUAAAGGCCUGCUAAAUAUUCUUCCACAUGGGAAAGUGAGCGAUCAACAGUUUCAUCAGAUCUCCAAACUGGCAGCUCUUCAGCACAGAGCCAAAGACAUCCUCUUCGUCCCCACCAUACAUGAACUAUCGGAGUACAUCGCUCCACCUCUGUUCAAAAAGCAGCCACCCCAGCAGUGGGUUACCAUGGUGACGCAGCACAUGCAGCAGGUGCAGGCCCUGAACCCGCACCAGGCCAGAGCGCAGUUUAUGGGGCUGAUCAGUGCAUUCCCCAUGUUCAGCUCCUCGUUCUUCUACAUCCACAGCAGCAGCUCCACAACCUUCUACGCCCCCUGCAUUGUAGCUGUCAAUCAACAUGGCUUCCACUUCCUGCACAAAAACACACACGAGCUGAUGGCAAUGGUCCCCCUGGUGGAGGUGCAGUCGAGCCGCACCCAGAGGCCCACUGCUGGUUCCAGUUACCCGUAUGUAGAUCUCACGCUGGGGGACACUAACACACAGCGGGUCGUUCAGCUGCAGCUGGAGCAGGGCCUGGAGUUGUGUCGAGUCAUCGCCAUGCAGGUGGAAAACAUGCUGUCUGCGCGCGAGAGGAGACUCAUCCUGCCUACCAGCGAGAUCACCAUGUUAUAACCCGUUUUAUACUAUUGUUAUAACACUUUCUUCAUUGUACGCACAUGCAGUGGUGGAAAGUACAUUUACUCAAGAACAGUAUUUUUUGGAGGUACUUGAGUAUUUCAAUUUUUUGAUAACUUUAUAGGUUCAAAUUAAUCAAACAACAUAUGACCAGAUACGAAAAUAAGAUUUGCAUUAAGGAGGAAAUUAAACCAAGCAGCUUUUACAGUACAAAAUAGCCCAAGAUGCAACAUUAAAGAUCUACACAGAAAUGCAUCAAUAAAUAUGAUUCAAUAUUUAUUUUUUAUGCAAAAACCUUUGUACUUCGAUUUAAGUACGAUUUUUAAUGCAGGACUUUUACUUGUAACUGAGUACUUCUACAAUGUGAUAUUGCUACUUUUAAUUAAAGACCUAAGUACGUCCAGAACUCUGCCGCCAGGCUUCUCACCCACACCAAGCCAUGGCACCAUAUCAACCCCACCCUCAUCCACCUACAUUGGCUGCCGGUCAAGUCCUGGAUUCAAUACAAAACACUCAUCCUCAC